AUGGCUGUGACGCUGGCCACUGCCCAUCUCGGCCUCUUUCGCUGGCUCAAUGAACGUCGCGUCGACCAAACCAUCGACCAGCCCUAUGUCACUGCUCUGUCCCUCGUCUUCGUGAACGGAUUUCGCAUGUUUCUGGCCGCUUCUCUCGGGAUUUCAUUCAUUCAAAUCGUUUGGAAAAUCCUACGUCACAAACCAAUGAGACUGUCCGACCUGGAUAGAUUGUUGUCGAUACUAGGAAAUCCGCUCCAGCUGGGCUGCGUCAAUCUCAUUUCGCGUACCCCGAUUCCCUUUCUCUGUGCGCUUGUGUUUUGGUGUCUGCCCAUCGCGAUGAUCUUCCCGCCGAGUGCGUUGACGGUGGAAUCGAGGAUGUUUACAACCGUUUCGGAGCAGCUGGUGCCUAUGGUCGAUCCGGGGUUUAUAGGGAAUAAUACAUAUCAAGGGAUGCUAGCAAACGCACUCUGGGCGUCGGAUAAUCUCGGGAAUUAUGGGUCUCCCAGCAAUAAAGCUUCCAGAGUCGCCAGACAGGCGAUUCUGGCUGGAAGCUACAUCACAUCACCAUCCCCAUGUGGACAGAACUGCUCAUAUUCAAUCGAUAUUUCAGGGCCUAGUUUUCAAUGCAACGAUACUGUUUCACCAGAUCUCGCUACUUGGGUCAAUGGGACAUAUCCACAGUACGACGCAUUCGAAUAUGUCUAUCUCGCUUCCCAGAACAGUCAUGUCCUGACAUAUCCAUCCUGGGAAUUCAUUUUCGAAUUACAGUGGUCAAGCGCCAAUACCAGAGGUUAUCAAAAUUUGAGUUGUACCGCUUACGAGGCUCUUUAUUCGUUUCAGAUCAGAUAUCUGAACGGCGAACAAACCGUCACGAUGACAAACGUUCAGCAUAUUACAAAGUUGAAUGCGUCGCAUUUCUACGGCGAUUACGGCCUGCAGCCUGUAGAUGGCGGGCCUAAAUUUUUGGUCAAUUCUUCUUCGGUUAGCCUGGAGGGUGGAAAUAUAACAGAUAUCAACAGGAGAAUGAACAUUGCAGCAAUUCAGGAUACCCUCGUCGAUGCAUUUUCGGGGUAUAUAGAUCGCUUAAUUCUGCAUACUCAACAACCCGCGAAUACAAUCAUAGAACUCUCUGAGCUGUACUCGGGGCCUGCAACCGCGCCGGUUUUUGACAUUAGUGCUGCGACAAUGCAGAACCUGUUGCAGAACAUCACCAUAUCGAUGCUCUCGCUCAACCAGACUACAAUCCGCACCAAUGUCACACAGUCCACCGGCGUGAAUGUGUAUUCCUUCAGCGACCAGGCGCGUCUGGUUCUUCCAUACUUUAUUGUUCUCCUCAUCUCCUUGCUCUUCAUCAUCGGCGGCGGUUUUGCGCUGGUUAGUAAUGGUAUUUCGGCGAGUACGGGCGGUUUGUUUCAGACGCUCUGUACGACCAGAGGGAGUGAUCGACUGGGGGAUUUGGCAGCAAAGGGGUGCCUCGGAGGAAGAGAGAAUGUGCCGGAUGACCUGAAGGAUUUGAAGGUCAUGUUUGGCGUUUUGAAGAAUAGGUCGAGAAUGGCGGGGUUGGGGACGCAGGAGGAGGUUGUUCCGUUGAUCAAGGGGGGGUUUUAA